CCUCCCGUAUCACCAUCCCAAGUUCUCUUUACAUUUGUGUUUCCACAGGCCCUGCAUCAGAAAAUGAAGAUGUUUUGUUUGAUAAUGGUUUUAUUGUGCUCCUGCUCGGCCCAGUGGGACCCUCAUACUGUAGACAACAGGCAGGUCAUAGUUCACCUGUUCGAAUGGAAGUGGACCGACAUUGCAGACGAGUGCGAAAGAUACCUUGGACCCUUUGGAUUCGGUGGAGUGCAGAUCUCACCACCCAGCGAGCACCGUGUCAUCAGGAGCCCUUGGCGGCCGUGGUGGGAGCGAUAUCAACCCGUCAGCUAUGAGCUAACGAGCCGCUCAGGUACGGAGAUACAACUGAGGGAUAUGAUUCGGAGGUGUCACCAGGCCGGUGUCAGGAUCUACGUUGAUGCUGUCAUCAACCACAUGGCCCGAGGAGAUUCUGGAUACGGAAUAGCAGGAAAUUGGUACGACGUUAAUACGCUGAACUACCCCGGUGUGCCUUAUAACAUCACGGAUUUCGGCAGAACCAAUAACAAGUGCAAGUCCGAUAGCGGUAACGUGGAAGAUAACGAUGACGUAAAUCAGGUCCGCAAUUGUAGGUUGCUGGGUUUGCCCGAUCUGGACACAUCCAGAGAUGACGUCAGAGCCAAGAUAUCUGACUACAUGAAUCAUCUGAUUGAUAUGGGCGUGACUGGAUUCCGCGUGGAUGCUGCAAAGUACAUCUGGCCCGAAGAUCUUGGCAACAUACUCAGGAGGCUGAACAACCUGAGUACGGAGUAUUUCCCCAGCGGACGUCGUCCCUUCGUCUAUCAGGAAGUCAUCGAUAAAAACGGGGCUGGGAUACGGCGAAACAUGACAGAAGCCGAGUACGUACCGUUCGGUAGGGUGACCGAGUUUAAAUACGGACCGCAACUGGGAGAAGCAGUGAGGGGUCUUAGAAAUCUGAGCAAUAUCAAUAAUUGGAUGAAGUCGGAGGGGAUGCUCGAUGAUUCCUCCGCUUUGGUCUUUGUUGAUAACCAUGACAACCAGCGUGGACACGGAGGAGGAAAAGGCAUCAUCACCUUCAAAGAACCCGAAAAAUAUAAGAUAUCCAAUGUCUUCAUGUUGGCCUACCCCUAUGGCUUCACUCGGGUCAUGAGCAGUUUUGUCUUUGAUAACACCGAAGCGGGUCCACCUGCCGACGCCAAUGGAUACACGCUGACUGUUACCGUGUACGAGGACGGUACAUGCGGGGGAGGCUGGGUGUGUGAGCACCGAUGGAGACCAAUCAGGAACAUGGUGGCGUUCCGUAACAUCGCAGCCGGCCAGCCUCUAAGAAACUGGUGGAGUAACGGUAGCCAGCAGAUUGCAUUUGGUCGAGGCGAUAGAGCCUUUGUCGUCAUCAACAACGAUGAUUACCGACUUUCACAGGCACUGAAUACCGGCUUACCGACCGGGGAAUACUGUAACAUAAUUGUAGGCGACUUUGAUCCUUUGACCGCUACGUGCAGCGGGCCAACCAUCCGUGUUGACCAGUCAGGUAACGCCAACUUUAGCAUUGAUACUAGCGCGGAUCCAAUGGUUGCAAUUCACGUUGGGGCUAGGGUUGACCAGUCUAUUUUUGGCAGGCCCAGUGAAUGUUAACUCGGAGUUACAAGAUGAAUACAUGUUUCAUAUUGUCCUUUACGGUAUCCAUGGGAUGUGUAUUGCGGGAAACGAUUGAUGAACAUAUAUUUUCGGUUAUUCUCGUAUUUUUAUUACUUUUAAAACUAGGCCUACAUAAUAGUGAAUGCCUAUAGUAUAUCUAACUGAUUUAUUAACGUAGUGAAAUCUGGAGCCAUUUAGGGAUUUUUGUUUGGAUAUAGAUUAUGAUUCCGAUUGCAUUUAUUUCUGUAUUGAAUGUGCAGUGCCGCAAAUAACUUAUUUAAAGAUGUACCGCCCAUGCUAUUUUUGAGUAUCACCCCCCCCCCCGAAAAAAUGAAUGAUUUCU